GUUCGACCAGUUAAUGACGAUGUGAAACAUAGAGGCAGGGCUGUGAUCACGUGUCUUUUCAGUGAUUUAAUGAAAUGCGCGGAAGAGGACUGGGAUUUAACUUUUGGAGUUUUUAUUUUUUUUAUUUUUUGGACCGACGUCAACGCCAGUAACGAAUGGACCUCCGUCAAUAUAAACAAUCGAUCAGAAGUCGGCUGGAUUUGGUCAUAUCGUUUAGAUACGAUGCGCUUUUUUAUAGUCACGUGAAUCAGUUUUGAUUGUUUGUACGAUGACCAGACGGAACGCCAACAACAGUGACAGUUUAAUAUCUACUGUGAACUUUACUUAACUACAUAAAGUAACUUCACUACAAUAUGACGAUAUCUGUUUUGUUUUUGUGCUUGUUUGUGGACGGUGUGUUUGGUGUUGAUGCAGAUGAAGUGAAGUCCGUUUCAGGGAUGGAAGGACAAAAUGUCACUUUAUACACUGAUGUGACGGACAUACAGACAGCUGAUCGGAUUGUAUGGGUGUUUGGACUGAACGCACGCGUAUAGCUCAACACAACAUAGCAGCUCGUAAGAUCUCACUAUAUGAGGAUGUUCUCGACGGAAAAUUCAGACAGAGACUGAUGCUGGACCGUCACACUGGAUCUCUCACCAUCACAAACAUCAGAACCACAGACUCUGGACUUUACGAGCUACAAAUCCUCAGAGGAUCGGACGUCAUUUCCAGGAGCUUCAGUAUUAUUGUUUCUGCUCAUCUGCCUAUUCCUCACAUCACCACCGACUGUUCACAAUACUCUUCAUUGAGCUCAAAAUGUGUGUUGUUGUGUUCAGUGAUGAAUGUGUCACAUGAUGCGAGUCUCUCCUGGUACAAAGGAAACAGUUUAUUGUCCAGCAUCAGUGUGUCUGAUCUCAACAUCAGACUAUCUCUACCUCUGGAGGUGGAAUAUCAGGAUUCAAACACAUACAGAUGUGUCAUCAACAAUCCCAUCACAGACCACACACAACAUCUCAACAUCAAUGAUGUCUGUCACAAGUGUUCAGAGUUGUCAGAUGUGAGUGAAGAAGAGGUCCUACUUUCACAUCGUACAUUCAUUAUUGGUGCUUUUGUUGUUGCUGCUUUUGUGGUCGGUGCUGUAGUGAUGAUCUUCAUCUACAAGAGAUUGAAAAAAACAGAUCAACAUGGCCACACUUCUGGACCAGAAAAUAUAGAGCUAAUUGAUAAAACGAAAACAGAAACAGUAAAGUACAUCAAAGUGAAAGCAGGAGAUCCUGUCAAAUUGGACACUGGCGUUACAGACAUACAAAGAUUUGAUCUGAUACAGUGGAAGUUUGGGAAAUUAAAUGACACCACUAGCCCAUUCAUUUCCAUAAAUCGAAUAAAUAAGAACAAUGAAGAAUUACCUAAAAAUGAUGUCACUAAGAAAUUGGGAGACAGACUGAAAGUUAUCGGAGAGACUGGAUCUAUAACCAUCGAGAAGAGCAAAACCACAGACACUGGACUUUAUAAACUCGAAAUCGACAGCAGCACAGAUCAGAUCUCCAAGUCUUUCUUUGUUACUGUCAAGGAGUAGUUUAAGUCUUUUUCAAUGUAAUAGUCAAAAAUGUUUGUGAUUAUAUGACUGCGGUGAACACAGCUUGCUGUGAUAUGAACAUGAGUCUACAGUGCAAUGGAUUUACAUUUUAUUGAUUUGUCUUUUAUAAGUUUGUGUUUUCCCUCAAACCAUAAACCUUUGCAUUUGUUGUCGAGGUUUUAAGUGAAGAAUUUUGCCGUUUGGCUUUAAUUAAUGUAGAUAUAAACAUACUCCAAUUAUGAUAGACUCAGUACGUGCUAUUCUUUUUAUUAUAUAACUAUAUAAUUGUAAUAUGUAAUAUUGCAUUGGCUUUGGAAACAAUGUGUGUGCUAUACUAAUGCAAUUUUGUAAUUGUUUUAACUUGUUACAUUCUAAAUUCUAAUUUUCUACAGA